GGGGCGGCGCGGCAGCUCCCGGUGUCCCGCGGCGGCGUUCCCGGUGUCCCGCGGCGGAGUUCCCGGUGUCCCGCGGAGGAGUUCCCGGUGUCCCGCACCCCCCACAGCUCCGUCCCCGCCGAGCCCCGCGCAGGCGGCCUUGAGGGCCCUGAGCCUCUGCCACGGGCACCAUGAGGGGUCUCUGGGCCCUGGCACUCGCCGGGCUCAUCAGCGCCUGCCAGGGGAGGGAGCAGCUGCCAGCGGAAGGGGAGCUGUGCCCGCAGCUCUGGGACGAGGAUCUGGCUGGGGACAAGUACGAGAAUGUCACGGGUUUUAACCUGGUUAAGAGGUUCGACCUGCUCAAGAUCUCGUCGGUCAAAAAGAUCCGCAGCGCCCGGGGGCCGGUGGUGCUGCGCCUGGGCACCGUGCCCCUGGUCCAGCCCACACAGUGA